CGAUUAUUUUCCACGUAAGAUCAAACAAUCAUCUAGUUAGUUACCACUACUAGUUAUUAUUUAAUACGCUUUACGUUGUUUGAUAUUUUAAGUAUUUGGAACAUUUGGUAGGUAAAAUGGUCGUUUGGUGUUUCAUCAAGGCCCCCGUAAACGAUCGAAUUUGUUUGUAAAAAACUCCGUGUUUUCGUCAAACAAAUUUGUCAAACCAUCCCGUGGUUUCAGGUUUCUCCUUGCCGCUAAGUGUCGUUACAUAAUAUCUAUUCACAUAAUCACAAUUACAGCGUAGCAAUUAUCUAUAAACACAGGAUUCUUGUUCUCACGAAUGUUAUCGAAUUAUCACAAGACCGUGUUCUAGAAUAUUCUUGAUCUCGAAGUCGGUGAUAUCAGACUGAUAACAUUUGUACCUAUAUAAAUGUUUACCGUUGUUGAUUUGCUACGAAAUAGAAGUUGCUACGAAAUCGUUAUUUUGAAUUAUUUAAAAGGUUCACGUUUAAUGAGUAUUUCAAGAUGCCCCAAGGUCGUCGAAAAUUACCUUUCAGUGGUAAACAAAAAAAAUUACAAAUACAAGAAAAGAGAAAAAGGAAACAAUUAAACGCUACAUCAGGUAUACUGGUGUUCUAAACACCUUUUAUUUUAUAUGUUCGAAUGAAAACUUAAAUCUUAAUUGGAUAUUUUUCAACAGGAUCUGAAUAUGGUUAUGAAAGAACAGAAAAAAAUAAUGUUAAACUGCCCAGAGAACGUUUGCCAAACUUUGACAUUCAGAGUAUUAACCAACAGCCUUUACAUUGUGGUGGUCGAUCAAAUCCCAACCAGUGUGUAUUACAAACUACCAUAUUCAUUAAUUUAUAUAGCUGAAUAUUAUUUUGAAAUUUCAUUAAAUACAAUCCUAAUUGAGUACUAUGGUACUUGUUGGUUUUAAUGAAAUUGAAAAAAAAUAGAAAUUUCUAAAUCCAUACCUAUCUACCUAUUUUAAAUUUAUUUUUAAACAUUUUAUGGGUAAAUUGUUUUUGCGCGAGUUAUUGGACCAUCUUACUCUACAUCAUACAUCUAAUACUCCAAUUCUCCUUAGCUGUUAUUGAGGGCGUUGUUCAAAACCGCACAUUUUACAUCGUUCAAUACCACACACAUUUUGUCUAUUGUUAAAAAUGGAAAUUUGGAAUGUUGAUAAUUCAAAACCGCACACAUUUGAUUGGUAGAGAAAAGCAUUAUAGGAGGAAUUAGAGACCCCAUGUGGUCAUUCGCUCCCUGCACUCGAACAAUUUUAAUCGAAAAUAACCUUCAAUUUGUUGGGUAACACCACGUUCGAUAGAACAAAAAGUAAAAUGUGUGCGGUAUCAUUUUGUGAAAACUUUAUAAAUUCAGUUUUUAAUGACUACCUUUUUUUGAAAGUGUGCGGUCAUGAUGAUAGCCCGUUCUUAAUUUUCAGUCUGACCUUCCAUUUAGAGAUUCUACACCACUCAUGGGUGUCUAUAUUAAUAUCAAACAUUUUCUCUUAUAUAUAUAUAUAUAUUUCUGAUUACAUUGAGUACCAUUAUAUAUAUUUAAAAUAUUGAUCUACAUUUGUAAGCGAAAUUUGUUAGGUGUUUUUUAUUUGAAAUAAAUAAAACAAGUACGUGUAUAAUACACCCAUGUAUAUCGGCAUUGGAUAGUUGCUUACAUUGUUAAUAAUUAGCUAUUCUUGAACUUACAUUAUAGUAUACAAAAACAGGUACAACUUAUAAAAUAACAAUAUUACAAGUUAACAAGAACUUCAAAAUAAAUGGAGUUUUAUUACCAAUUUAUAUUUAAUUUUAUUGUGUUUUUAAAUUUGUAUAAUUUGUUUGGCUUAGGUAUGUGCUACAAUUUCGCCGAGAAACUGAAGAUGAGAUGAAAAAAAGAAAGGAAGAUGCAAGGAAAGAAAUUAUACCAGUCUCUGAACAGGAACUUGAAUUUGAUCCCUCUCCUUUUUUUUGUGGUGAUGAGCUUCGGUUUCCAAUAAGACCUAAAUGGAGUUCAGCCAUGACUAGAGAACAGUUAGACAGUCGAGAAUAUGGCUAUUUUAAGGAUUAUUUAUUGACACUUAAGAAACGAAAUGAUUUUGAUGAAUUAAGUUAUUUUGAGUUAAAUUUGGAAACCUGGCGGCAAAUGUGGCGUGUCAUGGAAAUGUCUGACAUUCUUGUUUGGAUAGCUGACGCUCGUUAUCCAGUUAGUUAAUUAAAGUUUCUGUACUGGUCUAGUAGAUCCCCGCCCAGAAAGUAUUCCGCCGCCACUCAAGUUGACAUUUUCAUCUCCUAUGUUCUCUAUGUUUUAAUAGUAAUGUGCAUUAACUCAUAUUUAAAAAUGUAUAAAAAUGAUACCAAAACUAUUUAAAGCAUUUAUUAUCAUAAAUAUGUAUUUAUGUAUUGUACAUUUAAACUAAAAAUUCAAGUAGUCAAAAUAAAAGUAGAUAAAUUAUACAUGAAUAAAUAAAUUUGUUGGUUUAAGGAUACCCGCUGUUAUACCUCUUAUAUUUUAAUUUUACUAUAUGGAUUUUACCAAACAUUAUUUUUAAAAUAUUUAAUAAGUAUAAAUUUUGUACCUUUUUUUAUCGGCAUUUUAUACAUUUUAUAACAAAUGAUUAGAACAUUGAAAUAUGGGAGAUGUAAAUGAUGGGCGUCAACUAAACCUGUGUGACAGGGGAAAUACUUUCUGGGCGGGGUCAACUAGACCAGUACCAAAAUGUUUCUAUUAAUUCUUUUUUAACUUUGUAAUUUUAAUCACUUAUUUAUUUUAGGCUGUUCCAACAUACUUGUUUACAUAUGUAUUAAAAACAUUGAAGAAGAGUUUGAUAAUUAUUUUAAAUAAAGUGGAUCUUGUACCAUCAGCUAUUGCUUUGGCAUGGAAGGACAAAAUAAUACAGACACAUAAUUUAGAUGAUGGCGAUAAAGCUAAGGUUCACGUGUUAUUCUUUACUUCUUAUACAAAUAGUUCAGAAUUUAAAGAAGGUAAUGAUAAUUGAUAAUAAUAAUGAAAAUUAUUAUUAAAAAUGUAUAAUGUUAAUGGAGAUCAGUUUUAGCUUACAUUGCAAUCAAAAUAUUUAUAGACAUAAUUAAUAAUAAUAAUGGUAUUACUUUUGUAUGUAAUCUAUAGAUGUAAUUUGAUAUAUUUACAACUAAUAAAGAUAAUUGGCAGAGCAAACUGCAUUUUGGUAGAUUGCAUAGAACACUAAUACUGUACUGUCUGUACUAAAAAUUGAUAUAUUUAUUAGGCAUACAGAAAAAAAAACCAAGAGGUAAAUUAAAGAUGGCUGCAGAAGCUGCUGAAAGUUUGUUAAUAGAAUGUAAAAGUAUAAUUGAAAAAUAUCAAGCAAAAAGUAAGUUUAAAAAAAUAAAUUUCAAAUUAUAAUAGAAAUAUCAUAUUUUUUUUUUUUUUUUUUUAAUUGUAGUUGAUUUACAGAGCUGGGAAAAAAAAAUUUCUGAAGAAAAAGAACUAGUAUAUGAUAAUGAAGAAGAUGUAGAAAUUGAAGAAAAAAUUAUUGUGAGUUAUUACUUACUUUAAAUAAAGUUUAUGGAUGAUUUAACAGAUAUAUUUUAUAAUAAUCAUUAAUAAAUGUUAACAUUUGUUAGGUUUAAAAAUGUAUUAUCUUUUUAUACAUUAGUAAAUAUGUUAGCUAAUACAUUGAUUUUAAAUGAUUUUUGAUCUUGAAAGUAUACUUAAAGAAAAAUCCAAUAUUAAUUUAAUAUAUUUGAAAAAAUUAAAAAAAAAAAUUAUUUUUUUUCUAGGCUGUUCCAGAUACAAGUUAUGAGCAUUCUGAUUUAUUUCAAAAUAAUUAUCUUACAAUUGGAUUACUAGGACAACCUAAUGCAGGGAAAUCAUCAGUUUUAAAUGCUUUAAUGGGCAAAAAGGUGAUAAAUUUAUAUUAUAAUUUAUUGAUUCAUUUUUUUCUAAUUAUUAUUAUUUUUAAGGUUGUGAGUGUUUCUCGAACUCCUGGACAUACAAAACAUUUUCAAACAAUUUUUUUAACUCCCAAUGUUCGUUUGUGUGACUGUCCUGGGCUUGUUUUUCCAUCGAAAUUACCGAAACCAUUACAAGUAUAAAACAUUUAAAAGGAUACAAAUGAAGUAACAUUACUCAAGUUAUUUUAUGUUUAAUAUUAGGUUUUAAUGGGUUGUUACCCUAUUGCACAACUCCGUGAGCCUUAUUCAUCCAUUAAAUUUUUGGCUGAACGGUUGAAUCUGGUUAAAUUACUGAACUUACAACAUCCAGAACCUGGUGAAAAUGAAUGGUCUGCUAUAGACAUUUGCGACAGUAUGUAAAUUAAAUACCUAUGUACAUAAAAAUAAAAAAAUAAAAAAUGAUUUAUCCAAUGCUUUGUUAUUUAUAUUAUGAUGUAGGUUGGGCAAUUAAACGUGGUUUUAUUACUGCUAGAGCAGGACGACCUGAUACAUAUCGUGCUGCUAAUAAUUUACUUCGUAUGGCACUUGAUGGGAAAAUUUGCUUAGUAUUGAGGCCUUAUGGAUUUACAGUCAAUAAAAGUAUGAAAUCUUUAAAAAAAAAUUUGAAUUUAUGUUUUUAAAUUCCUAUCUUAUUUAUUUAUUUUUAGAAAAUUGGUCUUCUUCUGUACUUUUAAAAGACAUAUGGAAAGUUAAAGGCAUUGUAGAUGAACCUGAGACAUAUGAGCAUAACUAUGUAGAAUUAUCAUCAGAUGAUGAACCGGAACAAAUAAAACAAAUUUCAUCUUACAGUAGCAGUAGUGAAAAAGAGGACAGUGAUGAUCAAUCAAGUGAUAGUGAUAAUGCAGAAGUGUGUGGAGCCAUUGUCUCUAAUAAGUUUUCCGCGUUGGAUGUGUCCGAAUAAAAUAUACCUUAGUUUACAGUGUAAAUUUUUCAAUAUGAGUAGGAAUUAACUUAAAUUUAUUUAGUUCUAAAAAUUUUGUUUUAUUUUAUAAUUAUAAAGUGAAAGUAAGAUAUCUUAUUCCUUUAAUUUGAAAAAAAUAUUGAUGUUAAUGAUAAUGUGAUACUAAAUUAAGUUUUAAAAACGAAUUGUAUUUUAUUAAUUUAUUAACUUAGUGUCAGCACAGGAAAUAUUCUAAAAAUGUACUAAUUUGAUGCUAUUUUAGAAUUUCAUCAUCAAUUUUGUUUUUAAAUAUAAAUAAGUAAAAAAAAACUUACACCAUAAUUGUAAUUCUAACUUUCGGUUUUCCAAAUUGAAUGUACCCAUUAGGGUGGUCCUUAUUUAUAAAAGAACAAAAAGUAUUGAUACUUUUAAUAUAGGACCCUCUCAUUUUUUUCAUUGUUAUAGUAAAGUAAAUUUUGUUAAAUUUGGUCAUAACUUCUUACCCUGUUUAUGUGCUUCUGGGGUGUUGAAAAAUAGUGAAAGAUAUAAUUGAGCAAAAGUUAAUGAUAAUUUUAUUGCAGUUUUUAUAAAUUGUGAAAUUAAAAAACUAUAUUAAGUGAAACUAACAAAUUUUUUUAAUAGAUUCAAUUUUGAUAUUAGUUUUUUUCUGCGUGGGUUUUAUUUCAAUUUUUUUCAGGUGUGAGGUUUCAAGUAGGUCUAACUUAACCUUUCGCUAAGCCAUAUAGAAAUGUAUACAUUUAUUAUACCCGUGUAUAUUAUCCUGCUUUUAAUUGUCUCAAUAAAUUAUGAAUUGAAAUAAACAUAAAUAGUAAAAAACUAUUUAAUAUCUAAAAAAUAUUAAAUACUUUAUACUUUACCCGUAAAAACCUGUGAAUAAUUAAUGCAUACAAAUAUUAAAUAUGGUAAGUGUAGAAAAAUAAAGAAAAGAAAAGCACCUAAUAUUCACAUUAUUAUUGUUAUCUGUAACUUGCACAAGCAAAACGCUCUAGAAAACCAAAUUAAUUAUAUUAAUAUAAAAGAAUACUAGUAAUUUUUAAGUUCAGCAAAUAUAUCUAUAGCUUUUUCUAAAAUCGAUAAUAUUUAUUUCUUCUUUUUCAACAUUUAGCACCAUAAGAUUAUUUAGCCUUUAAUCAUCGCCCAUUAAAUAUGACCUUUCAUUUGAUGCCACUGUAAUAGGUAAAGUUUUUAUUGAUGAAAUAAUUUUCAAUGUUUCCUUAAUAGCAACCGUUUACUGUAUAACCGUGAAGUUAUCCAACUUUUGAUCUUGAAGUUCUUUAUCUAUAUCUGAGUUCUGUAAGUAUCAGGUAUGUCUGGUAAAUUAUAAUAAUCAUAAACAAUACAUUCAUUGUUUACUCAACUACUUGAUAGCAUAUCAGUUUAUUAACAGUAAAAUGCUAAUAAUGUUAACAUAAAAAAAUAAUUUAAUUUUAAUUAUAUAAAAACUCCAUUAUUUCAGCAGGCUAAUUGAGAUUAUUUUAAAAGUUUUUACCUCAGAAAGAGGUAUAAAAUUGAUUGAAGACUACGAUUUACUAUUAAAUAAUGAGCAAUAACAACAAUUAGUACUGCAAGUAGUCAGUGAUUAUCGUAGCCAUUAUUUAAAAUUACAUAAAUAAUUAAUGAUAAUAUGUUUUAUAUAUAAUUAUUAUUCAUGUAUAAAGUGUGUAAAUUAGUAUUAAAAAAAUGUUUUAAUUUAGUUGUAGUUAUAAGCAUAUUUUUCCC